GCAGAUAUUGAUUGGAUGAAAUCUAAGCUGGAGAUGCUCAGUUCGAAUCAAUCAUCAUUGGCCGAGGACUUCAUUUCGUUGAGGUGUUUUGUUGAUUUUAAUUUCAAAUCCGUAAUGACUGUAAUUAAGGAUAUCCAAGAGAAGGUUAAUGCCAUUCAUCGUCGUCCUUCUGACGAGGGAAAGUCAUCGGAUGAAUUAGUAACUCAAGAUUCUGAUGAUGAUCCUGAUGAUGAUGAUGAUGAUGAUGAUGCCGAGGAUGAUGACAAGCAAUUGCCUGAUCCAGAAAAUAUUGAUUCCGACUCCGACGAUGGUGGUGAGUUGGUUAAAGUUGGUGGGGUUGCUGAUGAUGCUGACAAGGCUGUUACUGCUGUCCCUUCUGCUGAGGUGAAUCCUUCUGAGGAUGUUGGAGGGAGUGAUAAAAAUGUUAAGGAUGUUGAGAAGCCGAAGGGCGAUGAGUCUCGAUUGAAGGGGGACGAUUUCUUUGAUGGAUUGAGCCAGCUUGUAAUAGAUGAUGAUCAAGUUGUGUUGGCUGGCUUGGAGGCUGUUGCUAAAAUCAAUGUAAGUUUACUUUUAAUUGUUUUCAAAAAAACUAGGUUUCUUUUUGGUUGCUCAUUAGUUUCUAGUAUGUUUUGCAACUGUUUUAAUGCAUUCUUUAUUUUUUAGGUCCCCGCACCCAAUCCAGAUGUUGUUGGUGAGAAGUCAGAUGCCCUUCAUACUGAUGAAGAA